UUCCGCUGACGGGUGUCCUCCUGAAGUCAACUGCACUGACCAUCAUGCAGUAUACUUGGUCAUGGAUUAAAGACUCAUCGAAGCCUACUGGCUGUGAGUCUCCGGAGUGGGACUGCGGCUUGGCCCGGAGCGACCUCCGCUCCGCCCUGCGGCCACCCCCGCGACCGCCCCCAGCGGCCUCAGUCUGGAGGCUCCAAGGGAAUUCCCGCACCUCUGCGCGCGCAAUCCCGGGACAAGGAUCCGCGCGGCGCGCGCAAUUGCCCUGGAAACCUCUGCGCGCGCACGCGCAAACGCGGGGCGGGGGAGGACUGAGCUAAGGGUUUAGCAGCGGAAGGAGGGGUUUACCCUUCCAGUCGACCGACGCUGCCCCGAGGGUGGACGCGCGCGCCGCCCAUCUCCCUCGGGUGGAGCGUCCCUUCCAGCACGCGCCCGGCCGCGCGCUCCCCAGCCCCUCCCCCUUCGCUCCCCCCACUUCAUAAGCACCCUUGCCCUCCUCCCGCAUUUGUGCGCCGGUGCAGCAGGCAGUGGGAGCAUCCGGGCACUUCCGCAGCCGAGCGGCGAUCCGGGCGGCGGCGGCGGCGGCGGCGGUCGAGGAGCUCCCAUGGCUGGGACCAGGCGGGGAGAAGGCAAAAGGGGGGCGAGGCCUUAAGCCCGAGCCGCGGCGGGGUGGGUCCCGAGGGAGGCGGAGCGGGAAGCGCUCUCGCGGGCGGAGGAGGGCCGGGAGCGGGGCUCGUUGAGUCUCUAGUGCGUUCGCCUGGCCAGCCGGGGCUCCGGAGAUGCAUCUGCAUCAGGUCCUCACCGGAGCUGUCAACCCUGGAGACAACUGCUAUUCCGUGGGCAGCGUCGAGGAUGUCCCCUUCACGGCAUAUGGAUCGGGCUGUGAUAUUGUUAUUUUGGCAAAUGACUUUGAAUGUGUGCAGAUCAUUCCUGGUGCUAAGCAUGGAAACAUCCAAGUCAGCUGUGUGGAGUGUUCUAACCAACAUGGAAGAGUUGCAGCUUCAUAUGGUAAUGCUGUUUGUAUUUUUGAGCCCUUGGGCAUAAAUUCUCAUAAGAGAAAUUGUCAACUCAAGUGUCAGUGGCUUAAAACUGGGCAGUUUUUUUUGAGUUCCGUGACAUACAAUUUAGCAUGGGACCCUCAAGAUAACAGAUUGUUGACAGCAACUGAUUCUAUUCAGUUGUGGGCUCCUCCAGGAGGUGACAUUCUGGAAGAGGAGGAAGAAAUCGAUAAUAAAAUUCCUCCUGUUUUAAAUGAUUGGAAGUGCAUCUGGCAGUGCAAAACCUCAGUAUCUGUACAUUUGAUGGAGUGGUCCCCUGAUGGUGAAUAUUUUGCUACUGCUGGAAAGGAUGAUUGUCUUUUGAAAGUGUGGUACCCUAUGACUGGUUGGAAGUCUUCAAUUAUACCUCUGGAUCAUCAUGAAGUGGAAAGGAGACAGGCGUCUACCCAGUUUUCCUUUGUCUAUUUGGCACAUCCGCGAGCUGUGACAGGUUUUUCAUGGCGUAAAACUAGCAAAUAUAUGCCCAGAGGUUCUGUCUGUAAUGUGUUAUUAACUUCAUGCCAUGAUGGUGUCUGCCGGCUAUGGGCAGAAACCGUAUUACCAGAAGACUGUCUUUUGGGUGAGCAGAUUUGUGAGACUACCACUUCCAGCACUGCCAGCAACCUUACUCAUGCUGGAAGACACAAAGACAGAGUACAACAUGCUCUUGAGACAAUACACCAUUUGAAAAAUUUAAGAAAAGGACAAAGGAAGUCUUCCAUUCUUGUAACUCACACUGAAUUAAUGCAUGACCAGAUGGCAACGCAUGAAGUUCAAAGACACAUUUCCCAUCACGCAAAUGCACUGUGUCAUUUUCACAUUGCAGCGAGCAUCAAUCCCGCCACAGAUAUUCCAAAUGUCUUGGUUGGCACUGUAUUUAACAUUGAUGAUGGAAAUGGGGGCUUUGUAGUUCACUGGUUAAACAACAAAGAAUUUCAUUUUACAUCAUCUACUGAAAUAUUUAUGCAGCAAUUACGAAAACUUUCUGAAAAGCAGGUAGAUCAUGAAAACGACAAAGGAGAUAGAGAAGAUGAGGAACGUUCACAGGAGGAAAGAGAGAGGGGUUUACGUAUGAAACUAGACCAUGAAUUAUCCCUGGAUAGAGAAUCUGAAGCAGGUACAGGAUCAUCAGAACAUGAAGAUGGAGAAAGAGAGGGAAGUCCUAGAACCUGUUCACGACCUGGUGUACCAAUGCCACUGCCUACAGUCCUGCUUGAUCGGAAGAUCGAAAUGCUGCUAACUGAAUGGAAUAAGAAUCCUGACAUGCUUUUUACUAUACACCCGGUAGAUGGUACCUUCCUAGUGUGGCAUGUAAAGUAUUUGGAUGAAUAUAAUCCUGGAAUAUUUAGACAAGUCCAGGUUUCUUUUUCUUCUCGGAUUCCUGUUGCAUUUCCAUCUGGUGAUGCAAGCUCUCUUAGUAAAAAUAUCAUGAUGUAUGCCUGUAUAAAUGCUACAAAAGAUUCUCACCACACUCUGUUACAUGAAGACAUGAUGGCUGAAUGCAGUCCUCAUGGAUCACAGCUGCAUUCUGGACCACACAGUACAAAUAUGAACAUUUUAGCUCCCACAGUAAUGAUGGUCUCUAAACACAUAGAUGGCUCUUUAAAUCAAUGGGCGGUCACUUUUGCUGAUAAGUCUGCCUUUACCACUGUUCUAACUGUAUCUCACAAAUUUAGAUAUUGUGGUCAUAGAUUUCACCUCAAUGACCUGGCAUGUCAUUCAGUUUUACCAUUAUUAUUGACAUCAUCUCAUCAUAAUGCUCUGCUGACUCCUGAAUCGGAUUUUCAGUGGGACUCAGACAAUAAAUUAAGUAGAUUAAUGGAUCCUGUAAGACACAUAAAGGGUUCCUUGAAACAGCCUCUCAGAAAUGCAGCAACACGUACAUUUCAUGACCCGAAUGCCAUCUACAGUGAACUUAUUCUGUGGCGCGUGGACCCAAUAGGACCUUUGUCAUACACUGGAGGAGUAUCAGAGUUGGCGCGAAUUAACUCUUUACAUACUUCAGCCUUCUCUAAUGUUGCUUGGCUUCCAACUCUUAUUCCUAGUUACUGUCUUGGCACAUAUUGCAAUUCUGCAAGUGCUUGCUUUGUUGCUUCUGAUGGCAAAAAUCUGAGACUCUACCAAGCUGUGGUAGAUGCAAGGAAAUUAUUGGAUGAACUGUCAGAUCCAGAAUCUUCAAAACUUAUUGGAGAAGUGUUUAAUAUUGUGAGCCAACAGUCUACUGCUCGACCUGGCUGCAUUAUUGAACUCAAUGCAAUAACCAACCAAUGUGGCUCAAAUACACAGUUGCUUCAUGUGUUUCAAGAAGACUUCAUUAGAGGAUAUAAACCACAUAAGGAAGAUAUGGAGAAAAAGGAAACAGAAAUAUUUUUUCAACCAUCACAAGGAUACCGACCACCACCAUUUUCAGAAAAGUUCUUUCUAGUAGUAAUUGAAAAAGACAGCAAUAAUUGCUCUAUUCUCCAUAUGUGGCACCUUCAUCUUAAAUCUGUACAGGCAUGUUUAGCUAAAGCUUCAGAAGGUGUUUCAUCAGAGAGUCUACUUUCAGUCCCUGGACAGAAGAACGUAGACUCUUCUCCAGAAACCUCUCCUAGUAUGAGCCCCAUGCCACAUUCUUCAUCAAUUGCCAACCUUCAAACUGCUAGUAAACUGAUUCUGAGUUCUAGACUGGUAUAUAGCCAACCUCUUGAUCUCCCAGUAGGAGUUGAAGUAAUAAGAGCAACGCCUUCAGCAGGCCACCUGAGUUCCUCUUCAAUUUAUCCAGUGUGCCUGGCACCUUAUUUAGUGGUUACAACUUGUUCUGACAAUAAAGUACGCUUCUGGAAAUGUAGUAUGGAAACCAAUCUACAAUGUAAAAGUGAUGAGAAGGAAACCUAUCAUUGGAGGAGAUGGCCCUUGAUGAAUGAUGAAGGAGAAGAUAACAGCAGUACAGUGAGCAUUGUGGGAAGACCAGUUGCUGUUAGCUGUUCAUACACGGGUCGCCUUGCAGUGGCUUACAAACAACCUAUCCAUCACAAUGGUUUUGUUUCUAAAGAAUUUUCCAUGCACGUUUGCAUAUUUGAAUGUGAAUCUACAGGAGGGUCAGAAUGGGUUUUAGAACAAACAAUUCAUCUUGAUGAUUUGGUCAAAGUUGGGAGUGUACUUGAUUCAAGGGUCAGUGUCGACAGUAAUCUCUUUGUGUACAGCAAAUCAGAUGCACUUUUGAGCAAGGAUAGAUAUCUUAUUCCGAAUAUUAAACAUUUAGUACAUUUGGACUGGGUAUCAAAAGAAGAUGGCUCCCACAUUCUCACAGUAGGGGUCGGUGCUAAUAUCUUCAUGUAUGGGCGGCUUUCAGGAAUUGUGACUGAGCAAAUCAAUAGUAAGGAUGGAGUAGCUGUCAUUACUUUACCACUAGGUGGAAGUAUCAAGCAGGGAGUUAGGUCAAGAUGGGUUCUUCUUAGAUCUAUAGACUUAGUGUCUUCUGUUGAUGGUACACCUUCACUGCCUGUUUCUCUCUCUUGGGUAAGAGAUGGGAUAUUGGUGGUAGGAAUGGAUUGUGAAAUGCAUGUAUAUGCACAGUGGAAGCAUGCUGUCAAAUUUGGAGACAUUGACGCUGAUGGUCCUGAUGCAGAAGAGACAGCAAUACAAGAUCAUUCUGCCUUUAAAUGUAAUAUGUUGUCAAGAAAAAGUAUUGUUGAGGGAGCAGCUAUUGCUGAUGAUAUUUUUUGUUCACCAACUGUAGCUCAGGAUGGUGGCUUAUUUGAGGCUGCACAUGUACUUUCCCCUACUCUCCCGCAGUAUCAUCCAACCCAGCUGUUAGAAUUGAUGGAUUUAGGGAAAGUUCGCAGGGCUAAAGCUAUUCUCUCUCAUUUGGUAAAAUGCAUUGCAGGAGAAGUUGCAAUAGUUAGAGAUGCUGAUGCUGGAGAAGGAACUAAGCGACAUCUUUCUCGAACCAUUAGUGUAAGUGGCAGUACAGCAAAGGAUACAGUCACCAUAGGGAAAGAUGGUACUCGAGAUUAUACUGAGAUAGACUCUAUUCCUCCACUACCGUUAUAUGCAUUGCUUGCUGCCGAUCAAGAUACAACCUACAGAAUUUCAGAAGAAAGUACAAAAAUACCACGGAGCUAUGAAGAUCAUACGGAAAGUCAACAAGAGGAUCAGUAUUCAGAGCUGUUCCAAAUCCAGGAUAUAACAACAGAUGAUAUUGACUUAGAGCCAGAAAAAAGAGAAAACAAAUCAAAAGUAAUAAAUCUUUCUCAAUAUGGACCAGCUUACUUUGGCCAAGAACAUGCUAGGGUACUUUCAAGUCAUCUUAUGCACUCAAGUCUCCCAGGCCUUACCCGUUUGGAGCAGAUGUUCCUUGUAGCUUUGGCUGAUACAGUGGCUACCACCAGUACUGAGCUUGAUGAAAACAGAGAUAAGAGUUACUCAGGAAGAGACACAUUAGAUGAGUGUGGUUUGCGGUACUUACUAGCUAUGCGCUUGCACACUUGCCUUUUGACAUCACUGCCUCCUUUAUACCGAGUACAGCUACUUCAUCAAGGUGUGUCUACUUGCCAUUUUGCCUGGGCUUUUCAUUCUGAGGCUGAGGAAGAGCUGAUUAAUAUGAUUCCAGCAAUUCAGAGAGGGGACCCUCAGUGGUCUGAGUUAAGAGCUAUGGGAAUAGGUUGGUGGGUCAGGAAUAUUAACACUCUUCGAAGAUGCAUUGAAAAGGUUGCCAAAGCUUCUUUUCAAAGGAACAAUGAUGCCUUGGAUGCUGCAUUAUUCUACCUUUCAAUGAAGAAGAAAGCAGUAGUGUGGGGUUUGUUUAGGUCACAGCACGAUGAAAAAAUGACAACAUUUUUCAGCCACAACUUUAAUGAAGAUAGAUGGCGUAAAGCCGCUUUGAAAAACGCUUUCUCUUUACUUGGAAAACAACGCUUUGAACAAUCUGCUGCUUUUUUCUUGUUAGCUGGUUCAUUGAAAGAUGCCAUUGAGGUAUGUCUUGAAAAAAUGGAAGAUAUCCAGCUAGCCAUGGUAAUUGCCCGUUUAUAUGAAUCUGAUUUUGAGACUUCAUCCACUUAUCUAUCCAUCCUAAAUCAGAAGAUUUUGGGUUGCCAAAAGGAUGCCUCAGGAUUCGAUUGCAAAAGAUUACAUCCUGAUCCUUUCUUACGCAGUCUUGCCUACUGGGUAAUGAAAGAUUAUGCCCGAGCCUUGGACACGUUAUUGGAACAAACACCAAAGGAGGAUGAUGAACAUCAAGGUAGAACAUUUUAUAGACAAGAAGAUCAGGAAGCCCCAGACCGUAAUAUGUUAUUGACUCCUCAGGAAGAGGAUUGCCUUGAAGGUGAUUCUGAAGUUGAUGUGAUUGCUGAACAACUAAAAUUCAGAGCUUGUUUAAAGAUCCUUAUGACUGAACUAAGAACAUUGGCUACAGGUUAUGAAGUAGAUGGUGGAAAACUCAGAUUUCAACUCUAUAACUGGCUUGAAAAGGAAAUUGCUGCCUUGCAUGAGAUAUGUAAUCAUGAAUCAGUUAUUAAAGAAUACGCCAGUAAAAUGUAUUCCAAAGUAGAGAGUGAUAUUCUGGAUCAGGAAGAAAUGGUGGACAAACCAGAUAUUGGUUCCUAUGAGUGGCACCAAAUAGAAAGGCGGAGACUACAGGCUAAACGAGAGCAUGCAGAAAGAUGGAAGUUGUGGUUGCAGAAGAACCAAGAUCUCCUCAGAGUGUUUCUUAGUUACUGUAGCCUUCAUGGGGCCCAAGGUGGUGGUCUGGCCUCAGUAAGGAUGGAACUCAAAUUUUUGCUACAAGAAUCACAGCAGGAAACUACAGUGAAGCAGCUCCAGUCUCCACUACCACUGCCUACCACCCUACCUCUGCUUUCAGCAAGUAUUGCUUCAACAAAAACAGUCAUAGCUAAUCCUGUAUUGUACUUAAAUAAUCACAUCCAUGAUAUACUUUAUACUAUUGUUCAGAUGAAAACACCACCUCAUCCCAGUAUUGAAGAUGUGAAGGUGCACACACUUCAUUCACUAGCAGCAUCACUUUCUGCAUCAAUUUACCAAGCAUUAUGUGACAGUCAUAGCUACAGCAGUCAGACAGAAGGGAACCAGUUUACAGGAAUGGCUUAUCAAGGGCUUCUUUUAAGUGAUCGUCGAAGGCUAAGGACAGAAAGCAUUGAAGAACAUGCAACACCAAGUUCUUCUCCUGCUCAAUGGCCUGGUGUGAGUUCACUUAUUAAUCUCUUGAGUUCAGCCCAAGAUGAAGACCAGCCAAAAUUGAACAUUUUGUUGUGUGAAGCUGUUGUUGCUGUGUACUUAAGUUUAUUGAUACAUGCUCUUGCCACAAAUUCCUCCAAUGAAUUAUUUCGACUUGCAGCCCACCCAUUAAACAAUCGAAUGUGGGCUGCUGUUUUUGGGGGAGGUGUAAAACUUGUUGUGAAGCCUCAAAGACAAUCAGAAAAUAUUUCAGCACCUCCUGUUCCUUCUGAAGACAUAGAUAAACACCGCAGGAGGUUUAACAUGCGAAUGCUGGUUCCUGGAAGACCUGUAAAGGAUGCUACCCCACCACCAGUGCCUGCAGAAAGACCAUCUUACAAAGAAAAGUUUAUUCCUCCUGAACUCAGUAUGUGGGAUUAUUUUGUUGCAAAGCCAUUUCUCCCUUUGUCUGAUAGUGGAGUUAUAUAUGAUUCUGAUGAAAGCAUUCAUAGUGAUGAAGAAGAAGAUGAUGCUUUUUUUUCAGAUACACAGAUACAGGAACACCAAGACCCUAACUCCUAUAGCUGGGCUCUUGUACAUUUGACAAUGGUUAAGCUAGUACUUCACAAUGUCAAGAAUUUCUUUCCCAUCGCUGGAUUGGAAUUCUCUGAGUUGCCUGUAACAUCACCAUUAGGUAUUGCUGUGAUUAAAAACUUGGAGAAUUGGGAGCAGAUCUUGCAAGAGAAAAUGGAUCAAUUUGAAGGUCCUCCCCCCAACUAUGUCAACACAUAUCCAACUGACCUUUCAGUAGGAGCUGGACCAGCAAUUCUUCGAAAUAAAGCAAUGCUAGAACCUGAAAAUACUCCAUUCAAAUCCCGGGAUUCUUCUGCGCUUCCAGUCAAACGACUUUGGCAUUUCCUUGUUAAACAAGAAGUACUUCAACAGACAUUUAUUAGAUAUAUUUUCACUAAGAAAAGAAAGCAGAGUGAGUCUAUAGAAGAACAUGUGGAGCAGGUCAAACAAAACUGCAUAGCAGAAGAUUGCCACAUCAAGGUUGAAGCAGAUCUGGGCUAUCCAGGAGGAAAGGCAAAAAUCAUUCAUAAGGAGUCAGAUAUGAUCAUGGCAUUUUCUGUUAAUAAGGCAAACUGUAAUGAAAUUGUUUUGGCUUCAACGCAUGAUGUACAAGAACUUGAUAUUACUUCUCUACUGGCCUGUCAGUCAUACAUAUGGAUUGGAGAAGAAUAUGACAGAGAAUCCAAAAGUUCAGAUGAUAUUGAUUAUCGUGGUUCCACUACAACUCUUUAUCAACCCAGUGCAACAUCCCAUUCAGCAAGUCAGGUGCAUCCAUCUUCAUCUCUGCCGUGGCUGGGCAGUGGGCAGACUAGCAUUGGAGCUAGUGUGCUUAUGAAAAGGAAUCUACAUAAUGUUAAGAGAACGACCUCACACCCAGUCCAUCAAUACUAUCUUACAGGUGCUCAGGAUGGCAGUGUACGAAUGUUUGAAUGGACAAGACCUCAGCAGCUUGUCUGUUUCCGCCAAGCUGGCAAUGCAAGAGUUACCAGAUUAUAUUUCAAUUCACAAGGCAACAAGUGUGGUGUCGCAGACGGAGAGGGUUUUCUGAGUAUCUGGCAAGUAAACCAAACUGCAUCAAAUCCCAAACCUUACAUGAGUUGGCAGUGCCACAGUAAAGCCACAAGUGACUUUGCAUUUGUUACCUCUUCAAGUCUAGUUGCCACAUCUGGACAGUCCAAUGACAAUAGAAAUGUAUGCCUCUGGGACACAUUGAUAUCACCCGGAAACAGCCUCAUUCAUGGUUUCACAUGCCAUGAUCAUGGUGCCACAGUGCUUCAGUACGCGCCAAAACAGCAACUCCUAAUAUCUGGAGGCAGGAAAGGCUACAUCUGCAUUUUUGACAUCAGGCAGAGACAGCUAAUUCACACAUUCCAGGCACAUGACUCUGCAAUUAAGGCGCUGGCUCUCGAUCCCUGUGAGGAAUAUUUUACUACAGGUUCAGCAGAAGGUAACAUAAAGGUUUGGAGGUUGACAGGCCAUGGCCUACUUCAUUCAUUUAAAAAUGAACAUGCUAAACAGUCCAUAUUCAGAAACCUUGGGGCUGGAGUCAUGCAGAUCGACAUCACCCAGGGCAACCGGAUCUUCUCCUGUGGGGCAGACGGGACGCUGAAAACGAGGGUUUUGCCCAGUGCUUUUAACAUCCCUCAUAGCAUUCUUGACAUUCUAUAGACUUAAAGAUUGGGGCUUUAUUUUUAUAAACAUUUCAGUUAAAAAACACACUGCAGAAAUUAUUAGGCAUUUCUGCUUUCCAAGCAGUUGUUAACCCAUUGAAAACAAUACAGAGAAUCUCUGUGUAGAAUUUGAAUCUGAUCUAAGCUUGAGUUUUGCGUAUAUGGGCUGGUAGAAUGACUGUGCAUGUGUACCUUUUAUCAUGCUGACAUACUUAAAACAAAACCUAGUAUUGUAUGAAGGGUAGCUGUUCUUUACAGCAUUUAGCAAACCUGAUUCAGAAAACAUUUGAGGUUAGAAGUUAGCAUAUAAGUAAGUUAGUUAUAAUAAUGAGAAGGACCUUUACACCAAAUCAAGAAAGAAAAUGUUGCUGUUUCAGGUUUUUCUUCCUAUUCUUACCACUGAUUGAAGCAUGCCUGCAGUCUCCUUUGUUGAAUGAAGAAUAGUCAUAAGGAGUUAGAAGCUCCAGGACACCAGACACACACUGUAAGCUGCGUGUAAGCACACUUUGCAGCAGCGCACAGUGACUAGUUCUCUGCUGUGAGAGGUCGUUCCCAUUCUUUCCUGCUGAAUAUUUUUCCUGUUAGUGUUUAUACUGAUCUAGUACUGUAAUUUGCAAAUGAGUGCAAAUUUAAAUGCAAUGUUUUCCUCACAAUUUGCACACUCACAUUUUUUGGACUGCUAGUUUUUCUAUUUAAAUAUUUGCCUUCAUGUUAGGAAUGUAAUACGUGGACAUGACAUAUUGGUAGUUAACCAAAACAUACCAAGUUAGUACUUCCUUUUUAGUCCAGUUUAGUACUUUUUCUUCUCACGUAUUCAAGGUUAAAACACCCACAACAUUUUAAGGCUAUGUUGAAACUAUACCAAUAGAGCAUUUCAUAUCAUAAUUAAAAUGAAUGUUAGGCUUUUCGUGGCCAGUUAAUAGUUGAUGAGAUUGGUGAUAUUAUUUAUUACCACAGCCUAUUGUAUAAACUAUGCAGAGUUAAAUAUUAUUUGCUUGAAAAAUAUUAGCCAGUGUUGUCAUAUUUUGAUGUACUUCUUGGUUAUGACCAAAAAUAUGUUCUUGAAAUAUUGAAACCAAUGUCUGUGUUUAAAUGUUUACCAGCAAAUUGUCUCAUCACGUUAAUGAGAAUGUUUAAUGCCUGUGCAGUAUAUAGUAAAAUAUAAUGGCAUAAGAGCACCUUUCUCUGAAGGCAAUGUGAUGUUUGGGCUGUGAAAUACAUAUGUAAAAGAAAAAUAAAUGUUAUUUGUUAGAGUUUUA